UCAGACAUUUGUAUGAUAACAUUGAUAACAGGUGCAACACUUUACAAAAUCAAGAAUAAUAAUUGCAGUUAAGACAAGUGACUGCAUUACUUCAAACAAAAUUACUGCAUACCUACAUCCACUAGUUAUUUGACUGCACUAAUCCUCCAAUAUUUGCAGGAAAACAAGUAUGAAUAGCUGUCGUCAGAGAUAAUAACAAACUGUUUUUUAGCAUAUUUCUUUUGAAAUGAUAACUGUAAUCUUGAUUUGGAGAUAAUAUUAUGAUGUAUCUAUCUCAUCGAAAUGUCAAAGCAUAAAAUUAUUUAGUAGGUACCCAAACGCGCGUUGAAAAGCUAUACCUAUCUAUAUGUUUGCUAUGGUGAUGGUGACAUCAAAUGCAGUGAAUAAAUCUUCCAAAAACGGAUUUCUAUCUACCACCAUACUUGCAUCGAAUGGCAUGGAAACCAAGGAACGCCGAUGGAGAGUGCCAUCGAUAUUCUGGCUCCCUCUCAUCAUUUUCGCCGCUUUACUCUUCGUGAUGGACGUCUUCCAAACCCAAUACACAAUAGUCCCCGCCCGAAUCCAAAUCGGGGAAGAGUUCGGGUCAGAACUGAAGGGCUUUUUGAUCAAAACCCCCGGUUGUCGCAUACCCUUCAUGGACCCUUUCGACCCCAGCAUCACCAAGUUCAUCCACAAAGAAAAACAACCAGUUUGUAACGACGGCAUUCCGCCUUUAUUCGACUCCAAUAUGACUUCGAUCUUUUUACUUAACUCUUCAGUGGCCAAUUACACCGACCAGGACGUCAGUGCGAUCCAGUGCUGCUACCAGCCCUUCUACAGACAAGAGCCAAAGGGCAACGACGGCGACAGCAGCAUCAAAUUUGAGAAAAGAUGCAUUUCGUUCAAUAUUAGCGCGAAAAUUAGCCACGAAUUCAUCAAAGUCAUGUGCAAAGUCAACAAGGUCUCCAUCUACACCGACUUUUUCUCAUUUGUGCCAAUCAAAACCCUGAAGAAAAACACAGUGGAGAGGAGAUUAAAUGUUCUGGUUGUGGGGAUCGAUGCAGUCUCGCGCCUAAAUUUCCACAGGCAGAUGCCCACAACUGUGGACUAUUUGUUGCGAAAUAUGUCGGCAGUGGAGCUACUAGGCUAUAACAAAGUUGGUGACAAUACUUUUCCCAAUCUGAUCCCGGUUUUGACCGGCCUGUCGGAAAAAACACUAGAGUAUGUGUGCUGGAACGACGAUAAUAAGAAGCGAUUUGACGCUUGCCCUUUCAUUUGGAAGAAUUUCAAGGCAAAGGGCUUUGUAACGUCAUUCGGAGAAGACUCCUCCUGGAUGGGGAUCUUUAAUUACAUGAGGAAGGGUUUCUGGAAACAACCCACGGAUUACAUGUGGGGUGCUUUCAACCGAAUUUCCGAAAACCAGAUCGGCAACUCGCACAAUAUGAACGUGGAAGAGUGCGUCGGUGCUAGAGAAGUGUACAAAGUUUUCUUAGACUACAUAACAAAUUUUGUCAAAACGAUGGCUCAGGAGCAACUUCCCUACUUUGCGUUCUAUUGGGGCGCAAGUCUCACGCACGAUUACCUGAACAAGCCAAAUUUGGGCGACCCAAACUAUUACAACUUUUUUAAAAAUUUGCACGAGAACGGUCACUUGAACAGCACUGUUUUGAUCGUGAUGAGCGACCAUGGGAUUCGCUGGGGCGACAUCAGACAGACGUUCCAAGGCCAGAUGGAGGAAAGACUCCCUUUCGUUUUCAUGGUACUGCCAGACUGGUACAAAAGACAAUACCAAGAAGCCUAUAGCAACCUAGUGAAAAAUACCAGACGCUUGACCACUCCGUACGACCUGCACGAGACCCUGAAAGACCUCCUGAACCCGUUCGCCCUGACUCAUGACUUCCUGCAAAGCAGGUACCGCAAUGUUUCGCGUGGGUACAGUUUGUUUAACGAGAUUAGCCCGAAACGGACGUGCGAAAGCGCCCAAAUCGCAAGUCACUGGUGCACGUGCCAGCAGAGCAUCGAAAUAGAGAGGAAUAACUCGCUGGUGGUCGAAGCUGCGAAUUAUGCGGUCGAUUACAUGAAUUUCCAGCUGGAGGGGUACGCUCAGUGCUCGAAUUUGACGCUCGAGAGCAUUAACGAUGCCAGAAUAAUGACGCACGAGGAACACAUCACAAAUGGGAACGAAGUGAAGGACUACAUGAUUAUUAUCGAAACUGUGCCUGGGAACGGGGUGUUCGAAGUCACGCUUCGGAGCACAGUCGGGGGGCAAAGAGCCAACCAUUUUGAAGUCAUGGGCACAAUUAGUCGACUAAAUUUAUACGGGAAACAAAGUGCUUGUAUUACCGAUUUUCAUUUGAAGUUGUAUUGUUACUGUAAAAAUUUGUUAGGUGACUGACGCUUGUUUCGUUUCACACAAAGUUACCUAUUAUAUUUCAACAAUAACCUGUGAUUUUUGUGUACAAGUGUGGGUUGUACUUGCCACACUAGAUAAGUAACAAACUGUUAAAUGUUGUGCGUAUUAGCUCUUGUUGAGUAUUAUUGCAUACGCAAUAUUUGUGUAUGCUUAAAUGUAGAUACUUGUAUCAGUGUCUAUAGGUCUUAAGAAAUGACAUGUGAUAUAGGAUUAUAAAUUGUUUUUAUUGCCAUUUGUGUACAGGUAAAUUUAUUAUUUUCACUAGAAUUGUUAUUACUUCUUGUAGUCACUUUUAUAAAAAAACGUUUUCAAUAAAAAUUUGUUCGCA